AUGAAAUUCGGAGAGCAUUUGAGAAAAGCUUUAAUCAAGAAUUAUUCCUAUUAUUAUAUUUCAUAUGAUGAUUUGAAGCAUCAAUUGAAAAAGACCUUAAAAGAUAAUGAUUAUGAAUGGACAAAUAAGUUUGAAGAAGAAUUUUUAGCUUCAUUGGAAGGAGAAUUAGAUAAAGUUUAUUCAUUUACUAAGAUUAAGAAUACUGAAGUUAACCGCCGAAUUAAAGAUGCAGAAAAAUACGUUUACGAAGUUGUUAAUGCUUUACAAAAUCCGAGCAAUGGACAAGUACCUCAAGAGCAAGAUUUUGAAGAUUUAGAAGAAGAGUUAUCUGAUAUUAUUGCUGAUGUUCAUGAUUUAGCAAAAUUUACUAGGUUAAAUUAUACUGGAUUUCAAAAAAUUGUUAAAAAACAUGAUAAAACAACUAAGUUUACUUUAAAACCAAUUUUCCAAGUAAGAUUAAAUGCAAAACCUUUUUUCAAAGAUAAUUAUGAUAAUUUGAUAGUUAAAUUAUCCAAAUUAUAUGAUUUAGUUAGAACAAGGGGUAAUCCAAUUAAAGGUGAUUCAUCUGCUGGUGGUUCUCAACAAAAUUUUGUUCGUCAAACCACUAAAUAUUGGGUUCAUCCUGAUAAUAUUACUGAAUUGAAGUUAAUUAUCUUAAAGCAUUUACCAGUUUUAGUUUUCAAUGCUGAUAAAGAAUUUGAACCUGAAGAUAGUGCAAUUACUUCAAUUUAUUUUGAUAAUAAAGACAUGGAUUUAUAUUAUGGUCGUUUGAGAAAAGAUGAAGGGGCUGAGGCCAUUAGAUUAAGAUGGUAUGGUGGUAUGAAAUCUGAUCAAAUUUUCGUUGAACGUAAAACUCAUCGUGAAGAUUGGACUGGUGAAAAAUCAGUUAAAGCAAGAUUUGCUUUAAAAGAGAAAAAGGUUAAUUCCUUUUUAAGUGGUGAAUUUACUGCUAAACAAGCUUUUGAAAAAAUGAGAAAAGAUGGUAAAAAGUCUCCUCAAGAAAUUGAAAAUUUAGAAAGAUUGGCUAAAGAAGUUCAAUAUAGAGUUUUGAAAGAUAAAUUUAGACCAGUUAUGAGAUCUUUUUAUAAUAGAACUGCUUUUCAAUUACCUGGUGAUGCUAGAGUUCGUAUUUCUUUAGAUACUGAAUUAACCAUGGUUAGAGAAGAUGAUUUUGAUGGUCAUGAUCGUACUAAUGGUAAUUGGAGAAGAACUGAUAUCGGUAUUGAUUAUCCUUUCCCUCAAUUAUCUGAUUCUGAAGCUUGCAGAUUUCCUUAUGCAGUUUUGGAAGUUAAAUUACAAACUCAAAUGGGUCAAGAACCUCCUGCUUGGGUUAGAGAUUUGGUUACUUCUCAUUUAGUUGAAGCUGUUCCAAAAUAUUCUAAAUUCAUUCAUGGUGGGGCUUCUUUAUUAACUGAUUAUGUUAAUUUAUUACCAUUUUGGUUCCCUCAAAUGGAUGUCGAUAUUAGAAAACCUAGAAUUCAACAAGAAUAUGGUAUUUUGAGACAUAAUCAGCAAAGAGGUAAAACUUCGUCAUCCUCUGGUGGUGAACUAGAUGAAGAAGAAUUAGUUGAUAGCGGUGAUUACUCUUCUUUCACCGGAGUUCAUUUUUCAAAUGAUACUAAUCCUUUAGAAGCAGAUUUGGAAAAUGAUGAGAAUACACCAUUAUUAUAUCCAUCUAGUUACUCAAAUAAUAAUGAUAGUCCAGUAUCUGACUUUUUCGUUAACUUAUACGCUAAAUUCUUACAUUAUUUUAACGACGAUCGUACUUUCACCGUUAAACCUGGUACAAAUUUUAAUCUUAAUGAUACUUUCAAAAACAAGAUUCCAAAAGGGAAAAAAAUUUGUGUUCCAAUUCGUAUCGAACCAAAAGUUUAUUUUGCAGCCGAAAGAACCUUUUUAAGUUGGCUCUCAAUUGGUAUGAUAUUAGGUGCUACCGCUACCACCUUACUUACUUAUGGUAAUAAGAGUUCUCUAACUGCCUCGAUCGGUUUCUUUAUAACUGCUUUGUUUACUAUGGCUUAUUCUACCUAUAAAUAUAUCUGGAGAACCCUUGUUAUUAGAGAAAAGAAGGUUGUUGAAUACGGUGAUAAGUUUGGUCCAAACAUGAUUUGUUUUUUCAUUGCUGCUGCAACAUUCACUACCUUCUUAUUUAGAUUUAUCGAAAUGUAAGAUCAAAGGUCUUAUACUUUCUUCAAAAAGAGAGAAAUUACUUCC